GGAGGAGGAGGAGGAGAAGGAAGAGCCAGCGGCGGAAGUAAGCGAAAGCGAAGGAGAAGAAGGGGCAGAAGAAGAAGAAGAAGAGAAGAAAGCACGGCCGCGGCGGUGAUCGAGGCGAGGAGAAGGGACCGAUGAGCGCGGGGGGGGAUGGGGGCUCGGGGUUGGGCCCCCCUGAGCUGCCGGGGGCCCAGCCGACUGCCGCGACCCCCCCCAUCCUCGGGCAGCACCGGAACCCCACAACUGCCCAGGACGGACAGCCAGCUACCGCGCAAUCACAGACGGGCCAGACUCUCGGGACCAGCACCGGUGGAGCCAAAUCUGCCACCAAAAGGCCGGCUCGGAGGGGUGGCAAAGCGCCACCCGACAGACCGCUCAGGGCUCUCUUUUGUUUACCCCUUAAGAAUCCCCUGCGCAAAAUGUGCAUCGACGUCGUCGAGUGGAAACCUUUCGAGUGGCUUAUUCUCAUGACGAUAUUCGCGAACUGCGUCGCCCUGGCAGUCUAUACACCAUACCCGUACGGCGAUUCUAAUUUGACCAACCAGUAUUUGGAAAAAAUAGAGUAUAUAUUUCUUGUGAUUUUUACGGUCGAGUGCGUUAUGAAGAUCAUCGCUUACGGCUUCGUGGCCCACCCCGGCGCUUAUCUUCGAAACGGAUGGAAUAUAUUAGAUUUCUCGAUAGUAGUGAUAGGAAUGGUGAGCACGGUGUUGUCAGUACUUAUGAAAGAAGGCUUCGAUGUGAAAGCGUUAAGAGCUUUUCGGGUGCUACGACCUCUGAGGCUGGUUUCCGGCGUACCAAGUUUGCAAGUGGUUUUGAACUCUAUUUUGAGAGCGAUGAUACCCCUUCUCCAUAUCGCUCUGCUGGUUCUGUUCGUCAUCAUUAUUUACGCUAUUAUCGGCCUCGAGUUGUUCUCUGGGAAGAUGCAUAAAACCUGCAGGCACAAUAUCACCGACACGAUCAUGGACGAUCCGAAACCCUGCGGGCCCGGUGGUUUCCAGUGCGACAACGUCGGACCCGACUACUACUGCAGCAAACGGUUCUGGGAGGGGCCGAACUGGGGCAUCACGAACUUCGACAAUUUCGGCUUGGCCAUGUUAACCGUCUUCCAGUGUGUGACGCUCGAGGGCUGGACCGACGUGCUCUACAGCAUCGAAGACGCGAUGGGAAGCUCGUGGCAGUGGAUUUAUUUCAUCUCCAUGGUCAUACUCGGCGCUUUCUUCGUGAUGAAUCUGAUUCUCGGUGUACUGUCCGGCGAAUUCUCCAAGGAGAGGGAGAAGGCAAAGGCGAGGGGUGAUUUCCACAAACUGCGGGAGAAGCAGCAGAUCGAGGACGAUCUCAGGGGUUAUCUGGACUGGAUCACGCAGGCCGAGGACAUCGAGCCGGAAACCGACGAGCCGAAAAUGCAGGACGGAAAGACGAAACAACAGAGCGAGAUGGAGAGCACGGAUCAGUUAGAGGGCGACGAGGAAGGGGUUCAACAGGAAUCCGUCUGGAGGAGGAAAAAGCUGGAUUUCGACAGAGCGAACAGGAGAAUGAGGAGAGCUUGCAGAAAAGCCGUCAAGUCGCAGGUUUUCUACUGGCUAAUUAUAGUAUUGGUUUUCCUGAACACCGGCGUUCUGGCGACCGAGCACUACAAUCAGCCUCACUGGUUGGACGACUUUCAAGAGAUCACGAACAUGUUCUUCAUCGCGCUGUUUUCCAUGGAGAUGUUGCUGAAAAUGUACAGCUUGGGAUUUCAAGGUUACUUCGUCUCGCUGUUCAAUCGUUUCGAUUGUUUCGUCGUGAUCGGCUCAAUCACCGAGAUGAUCCUGACGAAUACACACGUGAUGCCACCGCUCGGCGUUUCCGUUCUCCGUUGCGUCCGGUUGCUCAGGGUAUUUAAAGUGACAAAAUAUUGGAGGUCGUUGUCGAAUUUGGUGGCUUCCCUUUUAAACUCGAUACAAUCGAUCGCGUCUUUGUUGCUUCUGCUCUUCCUUUUUAUCGUGAUCUUUGCCCUCCUAGGCAUGCAGGUAUUCGGCGGAAAAUUCAAUUUCAGCGAUUUGCAGAACAAGCCUCGUCACAAUUUCGACAGUUUCUGGCAGAGUUUGCUGACCGUCUUUCAGAUAUUAACCGGCGAAGAUUGGAACGCCGUUAUGUACGAUGGAAUUAGAGCCUACGGCGGUGUUGCAAGCUUUGGCAUGCUCGCCUGCUUCUACUUCAUCAUUCUCUUUAUAUGCGGUAACUAUAUCCUACUCAACGUCUUCUUGGCCAUCGCUGUCGAUAACCUUGCCGACGCCGAGUCGUUAACUGCCAUCGAGAAGGAAGCCGAGGAAGAGGCAGAGAAAAACAAAUCUCAUAGUGCCUCGCCGACUAGGGACGAGGUUAGCGGGGAGCAAGGUGACGACGGUGGCGAAGGGACUGGUGCGGAGGACGAAGGCGGUGGAACCGACCUCGAGCAUGAUCCGAACGAAACGAUGGAGGAUUAUGAGGCUGCCGUGGACACGGAAACGUCGGAGAAAAGCGAUGACAUGAACACUCACGCCAAGGUACGAUUGAACAUAGAGUCCGACGAGGAAGUCGAGGAAGAAGAGGAAGUCGAACACAACGAGAUGCACGAUGACGGUACGGACCAGGGAGUGUCGGCUAGACCACGGAGAAUGUCCGAGUUCAAUAUGGCCACGAAAAGACAACCGAUUCCAGCUGGUUCGGCUUUCUUCAUUUUCUCACAAACGAACAGGAUUCGAGUGUUUUGUCACUGGCUAUGCAAUCACAGCUACUUUGGCAACGUGAUCCUCGUCUGUAUCAUGAUAUCUUCGGCCAUGUUAGCGGCCGAGGAUCCUCUACGCGCGUCUUCUUCUAGGAAUCAGAUUUUACAGAAUUUUGACUAUUUUUUCACCACGGUAUUUACGAUCGAGAUCUGUUUGAAGAUGAUCUCUUACGGUUUUAUCAUUCACGACGGUGCGUUCUGCCGGUCGGCGUUCAAUUUGCUCGACCUUUUGGUCGUCUGCUCCUCUCUCAUCUCUAUGUCUUUCAGUUCCGGCGCGUUUUCAGUGGUGAAAGUGCUGCGUGUAUUGCGUGUGUUGAGACCUCUGCGCGCCAUCAAUCGUGCCAAGGGAUUAAAGGUAUUUCUCUUUGCUCGUUAUCCGCCAACAGUUAACCUACAAUUUCCCAAAUCGGUCCCGGAUAAUAUACCGGAACCUUGUACGUGUCCCGAAGCAGACGUACAAGCAACAUUCGAUACUAUAACGUAACAUUCAGUCGCGAUUUUAGACCGAGUCGCGUGAACAUUCCAGCAAUCUCGUUGUUCACUGUUUUUUUUUUCUUUUUUU